AUAUAUCUAACCAUGCAAUAGCUGAAUUGAAAGAAAUUAAUGGCGGACAUGCGAGGACGCGGCGUGGUGUGCGACGACAGGUGCGGCUGCCCGUCGCCGUGCCCCGGCGGGGCGGCGUGUAGCUGCGCGGGAGGAGGAGGAGCGGCGGAGGAAUCCGCCGUGGACCACAAGAAGUGCCCGUGCGGGGAGCACUGCGGGUGCAACCCCUGCACGUGCACCUCCGCCGCCCAGAGCGCCGGCACCGGCAAGGCGCACUGCAGGUGCGGCGCCGGCUGCACGUGCCCUACUUGCGCGGCCUGAUCAGCCUCUACCUAGCUAGCUCUUGUUUUUGUAUUUGAAUAAACACGUCAUGUAUCUAUCCUUUUACUUAUAUAUAAUACUAUGUUCAUGUGGUUUCUUG